UACACACCAACUGGAUUGCAAAAAUGUUCGCUUCGGAAUCGCGUUAGACAUCUACCAUGAUUAAUAUUGCGUUCAUGAGGGCGGAAUCACAAGACCGGAUGCGGAAACAUAAAAAAAAAAAAAAGUAGUGCACAAAAAUGAAUAUAUGAAAAUAUUUCCAAAACCAAAACCUCACAUAGCUGGACUGAGACGUGCGCGUGCAAUCAUUUUCUUUUGUCAGAACUUAUGUCUGGGUUGUAUCUACUUUCAGGUUCACAGGGCCAGGAUGAACGAUUUUGCAGUUUUGAACACAGGAAGGAAGAUGCCCCUCUUGGGACUAGGGACCUGGAAGAGUGAACCCGGAAAGGUGAAGCAAGCAGUCAUCUGGUCUUUGCAGUCUGGUUAUCGGCAUAUUGACUGUGCUGCCAUCUAUGGUAAUGAGUCAGAGAUUGGACAAGCUCUGCAAGAGGCCUUUGGGCCUGAUAAAGGCUUGAGGAGGGAAGACGUGUUUAUCACAUCCAAACUGUGGAAUACACAUCACCACCCUGAGGAUGUGGAGCCAGCUCUGUUGAAAACCCUAAAGGACCUGAGCUUGGAGUAUCUGGACCUCUAUCUCAUCCACUGGCCCAACGCCUUCCAACGGGGCGAUACACCAUUUCCUAAGAAGGAGGAUGGAACUCUUCUCUAUGAUGACAUAGACUAUAAGCUGACAUGGGCCGCUAUGGAGAAACUGGUGGGGAAAGGUCUGGUGAGGGCCAUAGGCCUGUCUAACUUUAACAGCCGUCAGAUUGAUGACGUCCUUUCUGUGGCCAACAUCAAACCCACUGUGCUUCAGGUGGAGGGUCACCCGUACUUGGCACAGGUAGAGCUGCUUGCCCAUUGUAAGGAGAGAGGUUUAGUGAUGACCGCUUACAGCCCUCUUGGGUCACCUGAUCGAGCCUGGAAACACCCAGAUGAACCUGUGCUGCUGGAGGAAGCUGAUAUUGCCACCUUAGCCAAGAAAUACAACAAAACACCUGCACAAAUCAUUCUUAGAUGGCAGACCCAGAGAGGAAUUGUUACUAUUCCUAAGAGUGUGACUGAGUCCCGAAUCAAAGAGAAUAUUCAGGUCUUUGACUUUACUCUGGAGGCAGAAGAGAUGAGCAGUAUCACAGCACUGAACAGGAACUGGCGUUAUAUUGUUCCGACAAUAACAGUGGAUGGGAAGCCCGUACCAAGGGAUGCAGGACAUCCUCAUUACCCUUUCAAUGACCCAUACUGAGAUCCUUUGCUGAUAGCUGCUGUGCCUUGAAAACAACCCAUACCCCCUCCGCCUGGUUCCUUUCCUUUCCUCUGAUGUACUACACAAAAUAAAGUUUUUACUCUGUCCAGUCAG